AUGUUGCCUUCAGAAUCAGAACGCUGUGACAGACUUGAUCCAUUCUAUGAGACUACCAACAUAUUUUCUGGUUCAAGCUAUCCUACUCUUAACCUUAUUUAUCUGACAAUGAGAUUGCUUAUUAAGAAGUUUGCACCUUCUUAUGAACAAACCAAAGAUGACUAUGCCGAUUUAUUAUUCGAACCUAUUAAUAGACAU